AUGUCGGAGAAAUUCUUAGCCCUGGUGGCAGACGUCCUGGGCGUACCUCGCGAGUCUAUUGACCCAGAUAGCGGCUUUGUGCACAAUGGCGGACAUUCAAUGGCUGCUCUACGGCUAGCAGCACGCUGUAAGGCCGACGCAGUCGAUGUAUCUGUGCCGACGAUACUGAAAAGCUCCACAAUCAACCAGCUCGCUGAACUUAUAAACUCCGACGCAGCCCAGAACCAGGUCGUAGGGUAUGUAUCAAGUCCAAGUCCUCCAUCAGCACCUAGCUGGUUACCCGACAAGACGGCAAAAGAGCUCUGCGAAGCUCCUCCAAGCAUCCAGCAUGCGUCGGACUUGACGGAGAUACAGCUUACUCUGAUUCACGGUAGCCUCAAAUCGGGAAACACCAACGUCAUCUAUCAUUUCCAGACGUACGAUAGCAGGGACCUCCCAAAAAUUAAACAAGCUUGGAAAACCGUCAUUGAGCUUGAACCCAUCUUUCGCCUCCAUUUGGACGGCGAUGCACAACAUGCGUCGGAAUCGGCCCAGGGGCCAGAGUUCGAUUGGCAGGAAGUGAAAUUUCCUAGCGAGGACGAAGCGCGAGCUGCUCUUGACCCUUCUCUCCCGGGUCAUCCCGCGUGGAGCGCUACAAAUUCUGCUGGUCAAAAUGUCGAACACCCGAUAGUCGAGCUGAUCUCGCGAUUUCGUGUCGCGACGUACCCAAACCGAUCUACUGGGGGUAGUAGCAGCACAGUACAAUGGGCGGUCCAUCAUGCACUAAUCGACGGCUUCGCAGCAACACUCGUGUUUGACAAGGUUCGUCGAGCCGCAGCGGGAGAAGUGAUUACUCCGGGUAAAUCAUUUUCACAGCUCGCAGCUGCGCUGAAUAAGUAUCGAGAAGCACACCGCGAAAGUGGUAACGCCUUCUGGGCCUCCAAAAGGCCCAAGGCCGAAGAGGCUAUGGGCGAGCUACUUCUUCCACGUCCUACCACGGAUGACCCCGACCACUCUUCCGGCUAUAUCUCGGUGGACACCGGCAUCCCAUCGGACGUCUUUAAACAAAUAUCCUCUAUAUCCGGUGCCACUCCAGCAGCUAUGUUCUACUCGGCGUGGGCUAUUGUUCUGUCCAUCUAUGGCGACGCUGAUGUUGUAUGCUUAGGUGCCGUCCUGGCCGGCAGGGAUCUACCUCUUCCGCACGUUGCAGAGACAGUCGGACCUCUCAUGAAUACGCUGCCUCUCUAUGUCAAAGUCCGUCGGGACCAGACUGGAAUCCAGUUUCUUCAGACCGUCUUUGACGAGCUGGUUACGCUCUCAUCUUUCCAAUGGACCACGCCGAAGAAUGGAUACACUCGCUCGUUCAAAUCUGCACUGGCCGUACAAUACGAUUACCUAGACGAUGGUUCCUCUUCGCACUCAGAAAAGUGGCCAGUGACAAGACAAGUCACCGAUAUCCCGUUAGGCGUUGUUGUAAGCUCCUAUGGCCGAAUUGAAUUCAACUAUCGGAAAUCCGACUUCUACAGCAAAGACGUCCAAAAUAUUGCUAUAUGCUACCAGACGGUUUUGCGAUCCAUCUGUCGCCCUGGUGUUACCGUAGAACACUGUAUUCAGGCGGCCUCUACCGUUGAGAACCAACAGCUACUUCGAGGGUACGGCAACUGCUGCUCAGGAUUGACAACUAGAUCAUCAGUUGUCGAUGAUCUUGUCACGCUUUUCGAGUCAGCCGCCCAGAAGAAUCCCAGGGGCAUCGCCAUGGAACACAUGUCGGAAACAAUGACAUAUGAAGAGCUGGAUGCCGCAGCAUCUCGCAUUGCUGCCGAUCUUCAACCUCUUAUCGCGGAUGGCGAGGUUGUUUGCGUCAAUGCAGAUGGAUCGAUGUACUGGAUCGUGGCCAUAUAUGGCGUGCUGAAAGCGGGUGGGACGUACUGCGCACUAGACGCAACUCUCCCAUCAAAACUUCGCGACGACAUGUAUCAAUCGUCUGGAGCCAAGGUGUUCAUUGUCCACACCCCCGACCAGGAACAUCUCUGUCCAGAUACCGCGCGUCACCGUCUCACCGUGAGUACCAUUCUAAACAAAUCUGUUGGCUACAGUGCAUGGACACCAAGGGCAAAUCCAGAGCCACGGCGGACGGCAUAUUUGUGCUUCACCUCUGGAAGCACGGGAAAACCCAAGGGAGUCCUGUGUGCGCACGAAGGCCUAGUCGCGUUCCAGCGGGACCUCGAGGUUAGGCUCUUCGCACAACCCGGUCAGCGUAUUGCCCAGACAAUGUCGGUAGCAUUUGACGGAAGCAUUCACGAGAUAUUCUCCGCGCUUUCGUAUGGCGCAACAUUGGUGCUGAAGGAUCCUCAUGAUCCAUUUGCCCACUUACGCCGCGUCGAUGCCACCAUAUUGACGCCGACUCUGGCUUCGACUCUGGAUCCUUCAGAUUUUCUCCAUCUCAAAACUGUCUAUCUUGUUGGCGAGCCAGUAGCUCAGCAGGUUGCUGACGUCUGGGGCAACGCAACAGCUCUUUACAAUAUGUACGGACCUACCGAAGCGACCUGCGGCGCAACAAUCAAGCGUCUGCUUCCGAAGCAUGCUGUUACUAUUGGGCCGCCAAAUCCAUCGACGCGCAUCUACAUUCUCAACCGCCGGAGGGAGCUCUUACCACCAGGCGUUAUUGGGGAGAUAUACCUCGCUGGUGUUCAGGUAGCGCGUGGCUAUCUUGGAAUGACAGAUACGACCAAAGAGAGGUUCCUCCCUGAUACCGUGUGUCGAGGGCUCGAUGAGUUCAUGUACAAGACUGGCGAUCACGGAUAUUGGAAUGAUAAAGGUGAGGUGGUCUAUAAUGGUCGCAAGGAUCGCCAGAUCAAACUCCGUGGUUUCCGCCUCGACUUGGGGGAUCUCGAAGCCCGUAUGCUGCGCGCCGAUGACAGCGCUCUGGCAGUGGCCAUCGCACCGUGUGAUGACUAUCUCGUGGCGGCAGUCAAGCCUGAAGUUAUUGAUGUGGUGGCGUUCCGCCGCAACGUUUCUGGAGUUCUACCACCGCAUGCUCUUCCACGCCAUAUCAUCCCCAUGGCUGAGUUUCCAAAGACGAAAGUUGGCAAGCUCGAUUACAAGGCCAUCGCGGCUGCCGCGACAGCAAGAUCUGAGAGACCGAGCAGCGAGCUUUGCGGAUCCACAGAGCGCCGUGUUGCGGCUCUGUGGAUGUUGACACUUCAACUAAAUCCCGGCACGCACAUCAAGGCUGAUAACAACUUUUCUGACCUCGGCGGCGACUCCCUGUCACAGCUGCGGCUGAGCUUUAAGCUGUCACGAGAGUUUGGCGUGAAAGUGCCGCUACCUGCUAUCAUCGAGAGCCCGACGCUGAGAGUGCUCGCAGGAAAAAUUGAUACUCUAAGACAGCUUGAUAAGACUAUCGCAGCCGAUGGUGGACCGAUGAAGGCCUGCGAUCUCUCACCCAUUGAACGCGAGUGGUGGAGCAAGUAUAUGCUUGACAAAAGCUCGUCCGCUUUCAACGUCAGUUUAGUCUGCACCCUAGAUGCUUCUGUCGUCGACAUAAGCCGGCUUGGCCUUGCUUGGAAUGCGGUCAUGGCACGGCAUCCCAUUCUUCGGAGCAGGUAUGUAGCCGAUGUGUGCAGUCCUGCAGGCGUUCGACGCCAAUUUGCGGCGUAUGCUCCGCAAGUGCAGCGGUUACGAUCGCUUGACUGCUGGCAGGAGAUCAAUCGACCGUUCAAGCUGGACCGGAGCCCUCCAAUUCGCGUUUUUAUGACAAACGACCGGCUUAUCAUCGUGGCUAGUCACAUGAUUUGUGACCUUACAACAAUGCAAAUCCUUCUCGGAGAGGUGUCGGAUGUCUACGAGCGCAGAGGUUUGCAGCCCAUCCUGCAAUCAUACACACAGUGCCCGCUAUGGAAGACACCUGCGUCAGAAUGUUUCCUUUCGUUCUGGUCAAAAUACCUGAACGGUGUACCGGAGACAGCAAGAUACUUUCUUGACCCUCCGGCCAGGGGCGAUUACCGAGGUACCUCAUUCGCAACUCUACUCCCCGAGCAAAUAUGGCGAAACAUGGUGGCAUUUUCUCUGCGCAAACGAGUGACCAUGCAACAGCUCGCGCUGGCCGCUGUUUCGUUGGCCCUGGCUCCAGAAGAUGAAGAAGGACACACCGAUGUGAUCCUCGGUGUGCCUCACAUUAAUCGUCGGUCAGAGGAGGACCUUCAGACCGUCGGCCUCUUCCUCGAGCCGCUCCCUGUGCGGGUGGAAUACCCGCCAAUCUCACUCGGCAGCACCUUGUCUGGUGGGAAAGCGGAGCCGCCCAACAAUGAAGAUUUUUUGCGUGUAGUUCAACGAUCCUCACAGGCUGCUUUCGGUCAUGCAGUAUCAUGGAAUCAGCUGUUGGAUCUCAUGUCCAUUGCUCCUCGUUAUCCGAACCAUCCUCUACUUGAUGCUGUGGUUACUUUCCAUGAUUUUAGUAGCCAAAGGUCACUGCGUCCGCGACUGGCAGGCGUCAAACCGCACUAUUGCUGGUCAGAAGGGUCCAAAUUCAAAAUCAUGGUCGAAUGGCACGCUAUUUCCGAUGCGCAUCUAGCUAUGCGUAUAGAAUAUGAUGCCGCCUGCUUUACAGGAGCCUCGAUUGACCUUAUAUGUCAGCGAAUCCUGCACGCAAUGGAGCUUCUACUGUCGGAGAAAGAGUACCUCUCCAUUAAAAGAGAGAUCCAGUCAGUGACGGCGUCUUCAGGCGGCGAUAAUCGGCCGAGGUUGUUUGGACGCUUAUUGGAUGAGCUCUAG